CCCGUUCCGACCAGCUAGCUGCGCGACAAUCCAGUCCUCCACCUGCCACGGCAACCCUACCUCCCUCCAGCGAACUAUCCAGACGAGCGAAUCUCGAAUUCCGCAUUCGCGCCAUUCCACCACCCAACCAGCGAGUCAGCUACUAUCCAGCUAGUCAGCUACCUAGGUACCUCCACCGGUCCUCAACCUACACCCUCCCCCAGAUACACCGAAGGGACAUACAAACAAGAGCGAAAGAGAAGAACAAGAAACAGCAAGGCUGGACCUGCUGUACACAUUUCACUACCCGGAACAUAUACUCGAUCGAUUCAAUAGAUCAGAGCAAGAAAAGACAAAAUGGCGAACGGCUGGAGUUUAAUCAUCGGCCUCAUCUUCGUGGUGGUUGCUUCCGUCCUGGCGUGGAUCUUUAGUCCUAAGGGGGAGAAUCAGACUGUCUUCCGGAGCACGCUUGUGCUUUCUUUCGUUUGUUGUUAUUUGAUGUGGGCUAUUACAUUCUUGGCGCAGUGGCAUCCGUUGAUCGUGCCGAAGAGGUCGGAUAUUCGGCCGGGGAGGGUACCGCAGUAGAUUCUUUUCUUGCUUGUUUUUGGGGAUUGUCUGGGCUGGCUGAGGGGAAGAUGCUUAAGGGUGAUAUGAUGGGCGGGAUGCGGUUGAAUAGUUGAAUACCAGGGGAUGCGUGGAUAAGGGGCCUAGGGUGUGAUUGAGGGGGAAGUGGAGGGAGGUGAUACCAUGAUAUAAAAUGUG